AUGGAUUUUGUUGCUGGGGCCAUUGGAGGAGUCUGCGGUGUGGCUGUGGGCUACCCUCUGGAUACAGUGAAGGUCAGAAUCCAGACUGAGGCCAAGUACACAAGCAUCUGGCAUUGCAUCCGGGACACUUAUCGUCGAGAGCGGGUGCGGGGCUUCUACAGGGGCCUCUCACUACCCGUGUGCACAGUGUCCCUGGUGUCGUCUGUAUCUUUUGGUACCUACCACCACUGCCUGGCCCACAUCUGCCGCUUCCGGUACGGCAGCACGGACGCCAAGCCCACCAAAGCCGAUAUCACACUUUCAGGAUGUGCUUCUGGCCUUGUCCGGGUGUUCCUGACGUCACCCACUGAGGUGGCCAAAGUCCGCCUGCAGACACAGGCCCAGGCUCAGACACAGCAGCGGCGGCCCUCGGCCUCCUGGACAUCUGUGGCUCCUGCUCUGUGUCCCGCACCUACUGCCUCUCUGGAGCCCGGGCCUAAGUACAGAGGGCCUCUGCACUGCUUAGUCACGGUGGCCCGAGAGGAAGGGCUUCGGGGACUCUACAAGGGCAGCUCAGCUCUGCUCCUCCGUGAAGGUCACUCCUUUGCCACCUACUUUCUCUCCUAUGCCAUGCUCUGCGAGUGGCUCACUCCUGCUGGCCGCAGCCAGCCAGAUGUCCUAGGUGUGCUGGUGGCUGGAGGCUGUGCUGGGGUCCUGGCCUGGGCUGUGGCUACCCCCAUGGAUGUGAUCAAGUCACGGCUGCAGGUGGAUGGGCAGGGCCAGCAGCGCUACCGGGGCCUCCUGCACUGUGUGGUGACCAGCGUGCGGGAGGAGGGCCCCAGGGUGCUCUUCAAGGGACUGGCACUCAACUGCUGCCGUGCCUUUCCUGUCAACAUGGUGGUCUUUGUGGCCUAUGAGGCUGUGCUGAGGCUCACUCAGAGCCUGCUCACAUAGGUGCCAGUCACACAGCAGCUGGGGGCAAAGGGGAGCACGGGUAGGCUCGGGAUCCCACAGGGCUGUCACCGGAACAGCAGAGGGCCUUCUGUGCCGUGACUUAGGGGAGGCCUGAGCUUGGCCAGCUCAGCUGCCGACCACAAAGUCAGGGAGCUGAUCUGCCAUCUGCUUGGGGGUCAUGAGUCAGGAUUUUGUGGGUCUCCUUGAUGAGGACAUGUGUCACUUGGAGUCAUUUGUCACUGAACAACUGUUCAUUCCUGCUCAUACAGCCAUGCCCACACCCAUUUCAGAGCAUACCCUCGCUAACCCCUCUGGGUGCUAGGCCAACCGCUAAGCCCAGUUCCACUCAGCAUCCACUAAGUCAGACACCUUAGAGACAGGCUAGUUGGUUACAUCUGACUACAGGCUGGGCUGGUUCCCUGUCCUAGGCUGCAGAGGGCCCGCCGUUCUGACUGAAUUGGUGCAGGGCAUCACCGUCACACACCCACACUGCCUGCAG